AUGGCACAAGACAGCAACGUUCGAACAGUUGCAUUAUUUGGUGCAACUGGAAACCUUGGUAGCUACAUUCUUCAUGGCUUACUUGAAGCAUCCUACUCUGUAACAGUCAUACUUCGCCCAGAAAGCAAAUUUGAGAUUACACCGGCCACCAUCAAUGGCUUCCCACCUGCGCGAAUCAAGACGGUCAAAAUCCCAUUUGACGAUGAAGAUAAAUUAGUUGGUACACUGACUGGCCUUGACGCAGUUGUCGUGAGUAUAUCCAAGGGGGGUAUUGGCGCUCAAAGGGCCUUGAUCGACGCAGCCAUUAAAGCUGGCGUUAAACGGUUUAUACCAUCUGAGUUUGGCGCAGACACAUUAAACGACGGCUUGAUGAAAAACGUGCCUGUCCUACGCGAGAAGCUUGUAAUUCUGGAUUACUUAAAGGCGAAAAGUCAGGAAAACCCAAACUUUACAUGGACAGGCAUUAGUAGUGCCGCAUUUCUGGACUGGGGGAUCGAAUCUGGAUUCUUUGGUUUCAACAUUUCGGAGCGUACUGCAGUCAUAUACAGCUCUGGUACAAAGGUUUUUAACGCUACCACCCGUGAAACGAUUGGUCGAGCGGUUGCCCUUGUCCUACAAAGCCCAAAAACUGAGAACCGAUACAUUUAUAUCGCAGAUGUCAGAACCACACAGAAUGAGAUUCUUAGCCACCUUCAAAUACAAACUGGCGUUGCGUGGAAGACAACCAGCAAGGACGCAAAUGCACAUCGUUUAGAAGGGGAGACACUUCUAAAAGGAGGAAACUUUCCAUCUGCUGCUCCCAAAUUACUUCUUGGGAACCUCUAUGGGGACGGCCAUGGAACUUUAGUUGACAACGAAUUACUUGAGAACGCUGCGAUAGGGCUGCAGACGAAAGAACUCAGUAAUGUGGUAGCAAGCGUAUUAGGCAAGAAGACUCUCUAA